CACAGAUUCACAGUCGAACCUGGGCAGACACAGUAGUAACUGUUAAUGUCACAAGUGUAACACUCGGCAGAGUGGCUGCUAGGAAGAUGGGCCAUGUAAUAUCAGCAUUUGUCACUGAGCUGCCUGCCUGGUAUCUGUUUGGUGGGAUUUUUCUGCCAGUUACUUUGCUUCUUCUAGGGUUCAUGACGUAUUUUUGGAUAAAACUUAAAGAAGUCAAUGAAGAACUGACAAGAGCCCAUGACCCACGAGAAACACUUCAAGAUUACUAUCGCCAUUACAGGCAGCUGAAGGCGGCUGAGAAGAAGCGCCUCAGGAGGACGUAAUAACGGAAGAUUUCAUAAAACAAAUACAAGUGCAGCACAAAUAAUGUAACACUGCUAACAAGUGAACUCACAGGGGAAAUAUGUGAAGGGAGAAACAUGCUGCUCACAGCGAAUGGAAAAAAAAAGGUGCUGCCAAUUAGAAUGUAUUCUAAGGAACGUGGUGUUCAGCUGAGACUUAGAAACUAAAUCUGUCAUGAAUGGCUCACUGCAUGAUUUUUAUUUCAAGGUUAUCAUCAGCGCCUGAGGGUCAGAAAGUGUUUCCCUUGUAUGAAACGUGCUUCUAUCCAAGAUAUGCUUGUGAAAAAUAAAUUCAUGAACCAUAGUUACAUAAGACAGUAUUACAAGCUCUGAGCUAUGUACAGAGCUUUGCUAUUAAAAAACUGCAACUCUCUUGCACGUCUUCAAUGGAAAACAUUAACAAGACCUUGAAGUUCGGCCUUGAUACUUGGGCAACACAGCCAAUUAAUUCCCACAAUUAAUUAAUUUACUAAAAUAGUUUUCCAAACAAAUUGGCCAACUUUAUAGCAUUCAGUAACAUUAGGGAAAAGCAAAAAGAUUACUUCAUGAACUCAUUUUAAUAAAAAGAAAUAAAGAAAUAAUGAAAACGUAUUUGUUUUUAAGGAAAUACUUUAUAAAGUUAUACGAUUCAAACCCACUGUAGCUAGAACAAAAGGAAAGUUAGGCAUUUGCAUAAGAAUUUGGUUGACUUUGUCUUUAAUGUAUAAAUCAUAAUUGUUUUUUAUUUGUUGCAGUGCCAAGUUACAAAUAUUUGAA